AUGUCCCCCCCCACCGGCCCCAUCACCACCCCCCUCACCACCCUCCUGGGCAUCCAACACCCGAUCCUCCUCGCCGGCAUGGCGCGCACCUCCAACGGGCGCCUCGCCGCCGCGGUGUCCAACGCCGGCGGGCUCGGCGUGAUCGGCGGGUUCAUGUACACGCCGGACCAGCUGCGCGAGAUCGUCGCCGAGCUGAAAGCCCACCUGCGCCAUCCCGACCUCCCCUUCGGCAUCGACCUGGCGCUGCCGCAGGUCGGUGGGAACGCGCGCAAGACGAAUCACGAUUACACGGGCGGGAAGUUGGAGGAGUUGAUUGAUAUUACGGUGGGCAGUGGGGCGCGGCUGUUUGUGAGUGCGGUCGGUGUGCCGCCGGUGGAGGUGAUUGAGAGGUUGCAUGGGGCGGGGAUUCUGGUCAUGAAUAUGGUCGGGCAUCCGAAGCAUGCGGUCAAGGCGCUCGAGUUGGGGGUCGAUAUGGUGUGCGCGCAGGGCGGGGAGGGGGGCGGGCAUACCGGGGAUGUGGCGAAUAGUGUGUUGAUUCCGGCGGUGGUGGAUGUUGCAAGGCAGUAUAGGCCGAAGAUGCUCGGGGGGAAGCAGACGGCGCUGGUGGUGGCGGCUGGGGGGAUUUCGAAUGGGCGGGGGUUGGCGAGUUCGCUGAUGCAGGGCGCGGCCGGGGUGUGGGUGGGCACGAGGUUCGUGGCGAGUGUGGAGGCUGGGUGCAGCGAGGAGCAUAAGAAGGAGGUGGUGAGCUGUGAGUUUGAGGGUACCGAGCGCACGCUGGUGCUCAGUGGGCGGCCGCUGAGGAUGAAGACCAAUGACUACAUCCGGAAGUGGCACACGCAGCCGGACAAGAUCCAGGAGCUGUGCAACAAGGGGGUGGUGCCUGUUGAGCAUGACCUCGAGGAAGGGAACGACAUCGACGUGCCCCACCUCAUGGGACAAGUGGCCGGGGCCAUCCAGAAGAUCCAGCCGGCGGGGGAGAUUGUGGACGAGAUGGUGGCUGAGGCCGUCGACAUGCUCAAGCUGGCCAACGUGUACUUGAGCGGGGGCAAGGGGAGCAAGUUGUAA